UUCAGCAGCACGAGCCGCUCAGCACCAGAGUCUGAGAUGGAGACAUCAAGAGUCGCUCUCAUCGCUCUCGUGUGUGUUGUGUUCUCCAGUCAGAAGAGGAUCUCUGGAGCAGAAGUGGAGAUGAGAGUCAGACCAGGAGACGACGUCACUCUCUUCUGUGACUGUGUUUGGAAAGUUGGAUUUUAUCCGAUGUGGUUUAGAAACUGCUCAGAAGAAGAUCAUCCUACUGUGAAGAUCUCACUUGCUGAUCUGAUAGAUGGUGAUGUAUUAGGUGGUGAUUUUAAACGUUAUUCGUUUGUGUUGAACGAUUCCACCAAUACACAAGAUUUGCUGAUUAAAAACAUCACAGAAUCAGACCAGGGCCUGUACUACUGCGCUCUGAGUGAGAAGUUGUAUCAGGAUCAUAACAAGGAUGUCACGUCCCCCCUGGAUGUGUAUUGUUAUGGUAACAGAUCCAGUCGACUUUCUGUACUCGCAGAACCCUGUCACAGUGUAUCUGAGGAGAGUGUAAGCUGUGUAAGCUGGAGUCUAGUGUUCAGUGUGUGUGUUGUGUGUGUUCUCCUCUCCUCACUCCUCUCCUCCAUCUGUGUGUACUGCGUCUGCACAAACACCACUAAAGCGAGAGUCAAAGCUGAUCUGACAGGAAGUGACAAAAGGACGACUCUGAGACGUGAAAAAGUCGGAGAUGAUGAGGUUUGUUACGCCUCACUGGACACCCAGAAGCUCGAGAGGAAGAAGAUGAAGAGGAAGAAGAGAAUUCAGCACUCUGAUUUCAGCACAUACUCAGAGAAACUGCUUAGGCUCACUGUGUCUAUGAGAUACCUGGGAAAGUGCUAUGAUGAUUUUCUGUCAGACAAGAACAGCAUCUCCAGCACCGGAAAACAAGUUGAAGUGUGGCUGAAAAAGAUCGACAAGUCUGGCCUGCCUGGGAAAUACAAGUGCUGGAUUUACCAACACGGCCUACUCGUUGGACUGAGAGGCUUAAGGAAAGCAGCCGUUCGUAAGCUGGGGGAAGACGUCGCAGAUAUGGACUGUCGCAGACGCUCUAGUCUACAGAGCAGAGGUCACUCCCUGACCAUCAGGGAGUCCAGGAGAGACUUCUGCCCCAGCUCACACUGUCCCCAAUCAUUCUGCCAGCCUGAAAUGGAACCUCCCACUGAGAGGAGAAGACCAGGAAACCUCUCAGCCCUGAGACCCAUGGACAAGCACAUGCAGACCAAGGUAGACCUAACCCUUGUGCCCCAGUACAACAAACUAUGA